GUGGAGGGAGCAAUGAGCUGUAUUUUACAGUAUGAGGAAUUUACAUUUUAGGUGACAUUCAUUCUCAGCAUUGAUGAAGAAACAUCGGUAGGAAUUACACCUGCGAUGAUGGAUUUCAGUCUUCUUAGUUCCACAAUGUCGAUUGGAAUAUUUGCGUUAUAGCGGACCGAGAAUGACAAAGAGAAGAGGAUGCCGAGACUGGAGAUGGCUGGCGCUUUGGUGGCAUCAUUUCUUACUCUUGUGGAAUACAAUAAAUGCAGAGACCCGUUACAACAUCCAAGAGGAAUUGAAAAGGGGAUCUGUGGUAGGAAAUCUUGCCAAGGAUUUGGGGUUAGGACUGUCGGAAAUUUUUGACCGCAAGCUACGCGUUGCCUCUGAGGCUGGUGAGCAGUAUUUCAACGUUGAUGCGGGGAAAGGCGAGCUGGUGGUGAAUGACAGAAUAGACAGAGAGGCUUUGUGCGCACAAAGCGCCAGCUGUUUGUUACCACUGCAGGUCAUUGUUGAAGACCCACUACAAUUAUUUCGUGCUGAAGUUGAAAUUCAAGAUAUUAAUGAUAAUUCACCAAGAUUUCCAUCAAAUGAUAUAGCAUUGGAGAUUGCAGAAUCUACAGUUAUAGGGGUUCGGUUUCCACUAGAAAGCGCUAUAGACCCAGAUGUCGGUAGUAAUUCACUUAAGUCAUAUAGUCUCAGUAAAGACGACUGUUUUAGUAUACGAGUUAAGGAAGUUGCUGGUGGAAGAAAAGUCCCUGAAUUAAUUUUGGCUAAACUUUUAGACAGAGAAAAAAAGGCUGUUCACAAGCUUCUUUUGACAGCGCUAGAUGGAGGUAAUCCAGUAAGAUCAGGGACUGCUCAAAUAACUAUAAAAGUGCUUGACAUAAACGAUAAUGUCCCGGUUUUUGAAAAGACUUCAUAUAGAGUAUCAGUUGCCGAAAAUGCUGCCGAAGGGGCAUUGAUAGUGCAAACAAAAGCAACAGACAUGGAUGAUGGCCAAAACGGAGAGAUUGAAUACUCAUUUGGAGCGCACACAUCAGAAGCUGUUCUCACUGUUUUCUCCAUUGAUCCUUUAUCAGGAACAUUAUUUCUGAAAGGAACAUUGGAUUUCGAAACAUUUCCUAAUUAUGAAUUAGACAUAAGUGCAAAAGAUAAAGGCAGCCCGAGAAUGGAGGGACAUUGUACUGUACAUGUUGAAAUUUUAGACGUGAAUGAUAAUGCCCCAGACAUAAUACUUACAUCUCAUCCAAAACCAGUGCGCGAGGACUCGCCUAAUGGAACUGUAGUUGCUUUGCUCAGCACCCGAGACCUUGACUCUGGUGAUAAUGGUAAAGUGGCAUUACAGCUCCCUAAAAAGUCCAUUUUUGCACUGAGGCCCUCGUUUUCCCAGAAUUACGCACUGGUUACAAACGGCAUUUUAGAUCGAGAAAAUGUCUCUGAAUAUAAUAUUGAAAUAAUGGCCACUGAUUCGGGCUCUCCUUCACUUUCGACAAAGAAAAUGAUUACUGUUAGUAUUACUGAUGUGAAUGACAGCCCUCCUACAUUUACACAGUCAUCUUAUAAUGUAUAUUUGAAAGAGAAUGGAAUACCAGGUUCUAUACUGUACUCAGUAUCCGCAUCUGAUCUGGAUUCUGGUGAAAACGCAAAGAUCUCUUACUCUAUACUGGACUCUAAAGUUCAGGACGUUUCUGUCUCAUCUUAUGUUUACAUUAAUUCGGAUAACGGCAGCAUCUACAGCAUGCACUCGUUUGACUAUGAGAAACUGAAGGUGUUUCAGAUUCAGGUUCAGGCAAAGGACCAGGGCUCUCCGUCUCUCAGCAGCAACACCACUGUCCAUGUUUUUAUCCUGGACCAGAACGACAAUGCUCCCGCUGUUAUUUACCCUUCCUCCGCUGCCCUGGGCUCCCUCUCUCAUCAGAGGAUGCCCCGCUCCGCUAAAGCGGGUCACCUGGUUACUAAGGUGACGGCAGUGGACGCUGACUCGGGCCACAACGCCUGGAUCUCCUACAGACUGGCGGAGGCCACAGACGCCUCUCUGUUCGCUGUUAAUCUGUACACAGGGGAGGUGAGGACUAAACGCGCUGUGUCCGAGCAGGACGACUCCUCUCAGAGGCUAAUUAUAGAGAUCAAGGACGACGGGGAACCGGUCCAGUCCUCCACCGUCACAGUGUCCAUCCUGCUGGAGGACGGUCUCCAUGAACCCAUCUUAGACCUCCGACACAAAGUGUCCGAGCCCAGCAAGAAAACUGGGAGAAUCACCCUUUAUUUGAUUCUCUCUCUGGCCUCGGUGUCCGUGCUGUCUCUGGUGACUUUUCUCAUCUUAGCGGUGAAAUGCAUCAGGAACAGCAGAAGCAGCUGCUGCGUGAGACGGAGCGACUGUGAUGAUUACAAGAACCCCAACAGAAACCUGCAGAUUCAGCUCAACACUGAUGGACCUAUAAAGUACGUGGAGGUCCUGGGAGGAGACAUGCUGUCUCAGAGUCAGUCCUUCAGGUCCUGCAUGUCUCCGAUGUCAGAGUACAGUGAUUUGACUUUGAUUAAACCCAGCAGCACCACAGACUUUAAAGAGGUGAUCAGUGUUCUGGAUGCGUCUUUACCCGACAGCACCUGGACCUUUGAGAGUCAGCAGGUGAGCAGAAAAAAUAUAUAA